AUUGAAUAGUGCUGUACAGCUUUCGUCUGCUUCGUCAGUUGCUCCGCAAUUACAGAGAGAUGGUGCAGAAGAGCACGACAGUGUUCUCGCGAGUUCGAAGCGGCAGUUUUCAUUCGAAGCUGCUUAUAGGCUACAAGACUUCACACACAAUUCUUUCCUCACCUCUGCGCGAACAACACCAGUG